UGACUCACUCUGCCUAUUCUUCUCUGAGAGUUCACCAGCAGCAGCAGCAGCAGCAGUCAGGCAGCGGAAGAUGAUAGAAGUGAAAACUGAUCUGCUGUAGCUUCAGCGAGCUAGCUUCUCUCCUCAACACGGAAUAAAGUUACAGAAAGACUGUCCAGGCAUGGUGUUAAAACAGUCACAUCAGGUAGAAACUGAAAAGCUGCGGGAUGGGAAAUCAAGACCUGGAAGAUGUGUUUGUAGCUGUUAUACGUCCAAAGAACAUAGCCAGCCUCAGCUCUAAAGAAUAUCGAGCUAAAGCAUAUGAGAUCCUGUUGAUUGAAGUUCCUCUGGAGGGCAAAGAGAAGAAGAGGAAGAAAGUUCUUCUAGGAACCAAAAUACAAGCGGACAGUGACAAAACAAAGUCAAUCCUUGAAUAUGUGGACGAAACAACUAAACCCAUAUCUAAUAACCAAGGAAUAAUAGGGAAACGUGUCGUGCACAUGAAGAAAUUUCCUCUGGAUGGGGAAAAUGAGGGAAAGGAAGCCUCUUUAUUUAUUGUGCCAAUUAAUGUUAAAGAUAACAGCAAGCCUGUCUAUCACCCCGGGAGUCCUAGCUUCUACUGUCUUCAAGACAUCAUGCGUGUGUGCAGUGAAACCAGUGCCCAUUUUUCCUCCAUCACCUCAAAGAUGUUGCUCGGCCUUGACAAGUGGUUAGCAGAGCAGCACAGUGUGCCGCAUGCAAUCCCGGCACUCUUCAGACCUGCUCCUAUAGAGCGAGUGAAGACCAACGUCAGCAACCCAGCCUACACCACAGAGAGCAAGCAGAGUGACGGGCUGCUUCACAUGGGCUACACUGCACUGGAGAUCAAGAGCAAAAUGAUGUCUCUGGAGAAGGCUGAUAUGUGCAUUGAGAAUCCGCUCUAUGGAUCAGAUCUGCAGUACACCAACCGGGUGGAUAAGGUCAUCAUUAAUCCGUACUUUGGCUUAGGAGCGCCAGACUAUUCCAAAAUCCAGAUUCCGAAGAGAGAGAAGUGGCAACACAGCAUGACCAGCGUAACAGAGGACAAGGAGCGCCAGUGGGUGGACGACUUCCCCCUGCACCGCAGUGCUUGUGAAGGAGACACAGAGCUCCUGUCCAAAUUGCUGGACAGUGGCUUCUCUGUCAAACAGCUAGACAGUGACCACUGGGCCCCCAUUCAUUAUGCAUGCUGGCAUGGAAAGGUGGAGGCCACAAAGCUUUUGCUGGAGAAAGGGAACUGCAACCCCAACCUGCUGAAUGGACAACUCAGCUCCCCGCUGCACUUUGCAGCUGGUGGGGGACACUCUGAGAUUGUAGAGCUCCUGUUGAAGCAUCCUGAGAUAGACAGGCACAUUGAGGACCAGCAGAAACACUCACCCCUUCAAAUCUGUGAGGAGAACAAACAGAACAACUGGGAGGAGACUGUGAAACUUCUUAAACAAGCCAGUACUCAACCAUAUGAAAAGGUGAGAAUCUACCGUAUGGAUGGUUCGUACCGCUCAGUGGAGCUAAAGCAUGGGAACAACACCACCGUGCAGCAGAUCAUGGAGGGGAUGCGGCUCUCACAGGAAACCCAGCAGUACUUCACCAUCUGGAUCUGCUCUGAGAACCUAAGUCUGCAACUGAAACCCUAUCACAAACCUUUACAACACCUACGCAUCUGGCCUGAGAUUGUCACAGACCUCACUGCGCUGGACCCCCAGAGAGAAAACCCCCAGCUGUUCCUGCGCAGAGACGUCCGCCUGCCUCUAGACAUUGAAAAAAAGGUUGAAGACCCACUGUCAAUCCUCAUUUUGUUUGAUGAAGCACGCCACUUCCUUCUCAAAGGCUUCUUCUCCUCACCAGACAGCAAACUCAUUACUCUAGCCAGCCUUCUCCUGCAGAUCAUCUACGGCAACUACGACAGCAAGAAGCACAAACAAGGCUUUCUAAAUGAGGAAAACCUGAGGUCAAUAGUACCAAUAUCCAAAGUGAAGAGUAAAGCACAUCACUGGACCAAUAGGAUACUUCAUGAGUAUAAGAGUCUGAGCACCAGUGAGGGGGUGAGUAAAGAGAUGCAUCACCUCCAGAGGCUCUUCCUGCAGAACUGCUGGGACAUCCCCACCUAUGGAGCCGCCUUCUUCACUGGUCAGGUUUUUACCAAGGCCAGCUCCAGCACCCACAAAGUCAUCCGUGUCUAUGUUGGGGUCAACACUAAAGGCCUGCACCUCAUGAACAUGGAAACCAAGGUGCUCCACCUCAGUCUUGAAUAUGGAACCUUCAUGUGGCAACUGGGACAGGCUGACCAGUAUGUCCAAAUCCACAGUCUAGAGAACAAGAAGAAUUUCGUAGUGCACACCAAACAGGCAGGUCUUAUUGUAAAGCUACUGAUGAAGCUGAGUGGCCAGAUGACUCCUAACGACAGAGCGGCAUCAGACAAGUACCCGUACGGCUAAUUCCCAGCACUCCCAGCACCGUGAGCUGGCUCAGAACACCUGUGGGAGUGCCGUGAUUUGUUGAGAUGUUUUGCCUUUGAGUUUUUAUUACUUUGACUGAUGAAGAAGUGUUUUUACUGAAGUUUAUUCAGUUUAGCGUAUAAUUAUUAAAGUAAUCUAUUUUCUAAAUAUUUUCAUACUGUACAUGAUAUGCUGUUUGGAAUACGUUUUAUAAUUUCAUAACAGUUCAUCUGAAUUGAUCACCGUUGCUUGUAAAUAUUUAUAUUUAAUGGUUGCAUUUUAAU